UCCAGAGAUCCCCAGGGAGAGUCGGCCCCCGCAUAGACUGACAGGUCGCUUAUAAGCUGAGGCUGAAGGUAGAGCCAUCACUCUUCAACAAUAUAUAAUUGCAACACGUUGUUCUUUGUUAAUCUGAUGCUUGCAGAUCUGAAUUGACUUGGAUUCUUAGAAAUGGACUCAGAAACCAAAGAAGAAAUCCCUGUACAUGAGGAAUUUGUUCUCUGUGGUGGAGUUGAAACCCAGGUUCUAAAAUGUGGGCCCUGGACUGACCUCUUUAAUGAGCAAAGUGUCAACAGGCCUAAGCUGCUUAUUGUCAUUAUUCCUGGUAACCCAGGUUUUUCUCCCUUUUAUGUGCCAUUUGCAAAGGCUUUGUUCUCUUUGACAAACAGAUGCUUUCCGGUUUGGACAAUCACUCAUGCCGGACAUGCCUUGGCCCCUGAAGACAAGAAGAUUGUUCCAACAUUGAAGGACCCAAAUGCUCAAGAAAUUAAGGACAUCUAUGGACUACAUGGCCAAAUAGAACACAAACUAGCUUUCCUGAGAACUCAUGUACCAAAAGAAGUAAAGCUUUUACUCAUUGGCCAUUCUAUAGGCAGCUACAUUGCUCUUCAGAUCUUGAAGUGUGCUCCUGAGCUUCCAGUUAUUCACACCUUUCUGCUGUUCCCAACAAUUGAGCGAAUGUCUGAGUCACCCAACGGCAGGAUUGCCACACCACUUUUGUGCUGGUUUCGCUAUGUGCUCUAUGUUACUGGCUAUUUAAUCCUUAAACCAUGUCCUGAGAAAAUCAAGUCCUUAUUAAUCAGAAUGGGCCUUCAAGUAAUGAACCUGAAGACUGAAUUUUUGCCGAUGAAUAUUUUACAACCGUUCUGCCUUGCUAAUGCUGCCUACCUUGGGGGCCAAGAAAUGAUGCAAGUGGUGAAGAGAGAUGAUGAAGUCAUAAAGGAACAUUUAUCUAAGCUGACAUUUUACUAUGGCACAACAGAUCGUUGGUGUCCAGUAAAGUACUAUGAAGACAUCAGAAAAGAUUUUCCAGAAGGAGAUAUUCGACUCUGUGAGAAAAAAAUACCUCAUGCUUUUAUCCUCCGUUUUGGCCAGGAAAUGGCUGGCGUGGUUGCUGACUGGCUAAAGGAUAAUCUGUCCAAAAUAUAAAUACUGACACAGGAAACAAGCACCUAUAGCCAGUAUGUGGAGCAAUAAAUGUGCUAUUCAUAGUAAGAAAAUGUUUAAUUUUGAUGUUUGAUGUUAAAAAAGGAAAAGGUGAGAACCUCUUGGCUUAAAAAAUGCAGCUCCCAGCUCCCCAUGCUACAUGCUGAAGGAACACAGUUGAUGAAUCAUUCCAUAGGGUUACAACACAUUUUCCUAGAGUCAGGAAGCAUAGUGAUCUAAAUGAGGACUGCUUUUUGCACAAGAUGUCCAGUGGCACCAUACAAUGUAUUUUGGUCAGCAGAAUCCUCAUAGACAAAAACAAAAUGUAGGUAAUUUUAUUUGAGUUUCCUUGUAGCAUAAACUACACUCUCCUAGAGGAAAUCAUGAAAUUACUAUGAGAAAGCAUAAAAGAGAUCAGUGAAUCAGUGUACAGUCAGAUACGUAAAGGGUGUGAGAUCAUGACAAGGACACACUUUUGUUCCAGUAGCAGAUAUUGGCAGUGGACUUGGGUUUCCUCUAAGGACAGAAGAUGAAAAUUAGCCCAAACUAACUUUGCACAGGUCUUGGCUGAGGUCAUCCAUAUGACAUCAUGAUCUCCCAGAUGUGACAAAGAAUCAAGUUCACCAGAUAUUACUGUGGUCAACUAACCAGAGUGUAAUUGAAGGAUCCCAACUCUACCUCCUGACUCAGGACAGUCAGCAGGCUCCGAUCUGAGCCUUAACCUGCCAGGUCCCUACAGGUUUCUUCAGAGCCGGGAGAGAGGCACUGGGCUCUCCUGAAUCAGAUUUCUACCGGCCAACCUGCAGCUGCUCCUCCUGUGAUUCUUACAGAAAAGCUCCAUUGAAGGGCAGCAGCAAGCCUUGUACUGUGCUAGCCGCUAAUGAUAAUAGUUGACUGUUCUUUUCUCCUGAAAAUGUCCUAGUAAAUAGUUUGAAAAUGUGUUUAAAUUGCUGAGUAUUAACAUAAAUUGGUUCUCCAUUUGUAUUAACUUUAUUUGUUGGAACAGAAUUAUUUUUGUUAAUUAACCAAAGUAAGCUGUUAAAUUAUGUGAAUUUGCCUUCCCUGGACACAUGGAGGCCUAGAAGAGAAGAAUUGUGUCUCUGGCUAGGGGAGGACUAACAAUAGUGCUGCCUUCCCUAAACUGAUUCCAUCCUGAGACCUGAGGGGCCAAUAGACCCACUGGCUGCAGUGGCAGUGGGCGAUCAGUCAGAAGCAUUUCAUUUUCUACUGAAGGAAAGCACUCAUGGUGUUUGCAUGCUUUUAAGGACAAUGAGAUGUCCUUCCUCUCAAAACUGAAAGCCCUCUGAUGAAAGACUAGCUCUGGUGCUGUGCUGUCAGGUACACAGCACAGGCACAGGGUUGCACAC